AUUGCCUCUGUUGAAACCAUGCUUGCUUCCGCUCGUUUUGCUGCAGUGCGCUGCUCGCCAUCGUCGUCGUUGCUCCUCACCAAGAGCACCGCCGCCACCGCACCAACAGCAGCAACAACAGCAGCAGCAAUCGCAGUUCGCCACUAUCACGAGAAGGUUAUCGAUCACUACGAGCGCCCGCGGAAUGUCGGCUCGCUCAACAAGAACUCCAAGUUUGUCGGCACCGGCCUGGUCGGCGCCCCUGCAUGCGGCGAUGUCAUGAAGACGCCAAUGGAAAGAUCAUUAACGCCGCUUUCAAGACAUUCGGAUGUGGAUCGGCCAUCGCUAGCUCGUCUUUUGCCACCGAGUGGGUCAAGGGAAAGACGUUGGACGAGGCCGCACUCGUCAAGAACUCUGAAAUUGCCGAGCAGCUCCACCUUCCUCCUGUCAAGCUGCACUGCUCCAUGCUUGCUGAAGACGCAAUCAAGGCUGCAAUUUCGGACAUUCGAAAGAAACAAGUCGCCACUGCCUAAUCUCGUUCAGCUCUUUUUUUUUUUUUUUUUUUUUUUCUCUUUAACUUUCUUUCACGCCUUCUUCUCCUUUUUGUCUACCCUCUUUCGUUUUUGACCUCGUUUUUUCCUCUCGUCAUGUCGAAUCAUUUAUUAUCCGGGCUGUCCCUUCCUGCUCCACUUGUUGUCCUUUGUUCCCACUUUCGCAGUGCCUUUUCUGCCAAAGGGGUUUUCCACACCAUGUUCUGUUCUGUGACCUUGCUUUCCUGCCUGUCAUGCCUUGCUAACUCGCUUGCUUGAUUGAAGUCAACCUUCUCGCGUGCUUUCAGCCAAUGGCAGCACAUACGUUCGAGACAUUUGGCGAGUUUGCCGCAGUCCCAGCACGACAGACAUGGAAUUUUUUUGCGAUACGCGGCUUCAUGCUCCUCCACUGCAUCAGUGUGUGCAUGGUGUGAGUGGGCAGUGUGCAAUCCGUGUUCUUUUGCUCGUGCUGCGGCUGCCGCGAAUUCGCCCUCUUUCGGUUUGACGUUGCGAGCUUCUUUUUUUUUCCCCCCCCCCUUUGUUUCUUUAUUUCUUUCUUCCUCCUUUUUUCAGUUUUAUUUGUUGUUAUUUCCUGCAAAUCAUCAUUUCACCUCGAUGCUGGCUGCAUGCAGUCCCGCUGUAUAAAUACACUUGAUGCCAUCUUCU